GAGAGUGUGUGAGAGAGAGAGAUAGAGAGAGUGUGUGUGAGAGAGAGAGAGAAAGAGAGUGUGUGUGAGAGAGAUAAGAGGAGGAGGAAGGGUCGGUUAGGGUUUUCCAGUAAAUAGUACUUUCACAUUCAACGGUCACUGGAGAAGAAACCAAGUAUGCCGCUCGCCUAACAGAAUACAGUGUCCUUCACUGAGGGACGCUCAGGGAUUAUUACGGGGAAUGGAGAUUGUAAUACUUGUUUCAUUAUUGUCUCUGUAUUGUGACUUCACCGAUGCUGAGUGCCUGGUGGUCAGUCCUGCCAGGCUGGUGGUGAAGCAUGGAGACCCAGCCUCCUCUAACUGCAGCUCAGAUACCCCUGUAGAGAUGGGCUGGGAAGCCACCCAGGGAGGGGUUGGUCUAACAGACAACAAGGUGAAGUUCCUACGCUGGAGGGUGGACAGUGUGACUGAAUGGUAUAGCACACCUACAUGCUACACAGAAGGAGGCCUGUGUCAGAAACAGCUGAACAUCACAGUUUAUAAGCUUCCAGACCGUGUCUCCAUCAGCUACAGGAAGUACCCUGAUCCGAUGGUUGAGGGGGAUCAGUACCUGUUGCAGUGUCUUGUCCAGAACAUCGCUCCUAUCGGGAGACUCACGGUGACCUUCUACAAAGUCUCUACCAAUGGUGAACGGACAGUGUUAUACACACAACCACUGAACAACGACAUUCACCAAUUGAACAAUGACAUGAGGCGACCGGUAAACGAGAGCUAUUCCCUGCAGUUCUCCCCCACUAGUGUUGACGACGGGGCCCAGUUGUUGUGUUCAGCCAUGUUGGAUCUGGGACCAGAGGGACCCCAACCUCCUCCUGUAAUGGACUCAAACCGCCUCAACACCAACGUGCACUACAAGCCUCAGAUCACUAGGAGUCCUGGAUGUUUCUCCAUGAGCAUCACGGAGGGCGACACCUUAUCACUGGCCUGUAGUGUAAAUGUGGACUACCUGCCCAUCAUUGCAGGACUGGCUUCGAUGGUGAUCCUCUUGGUGAUCUCUUGUUUCAUCUACUCUUCUUACUAUAAACACAGGCGCAUGAGCCAUUAACAGCUGAAAAUCAUGUUGCCACGACGACACAAGAACAAACACGUGG